AUGGGCCCAAAGAAAAAGACGGCCGGCCCUGGCGGCCCCAAGCCCGGUACGAAGCAGGCGAAAGCCGCCGCGGAGAAAUUGACAGAGAAGAAGCCCGUCGCAGAGGAGCCCAAGAAGCCGUCGGUGAAAGAGGUCAUUGGGGGCGCGUCAUGGACGGGCAAGCUCCCGGUCAAUAUGCUAUCGGAGCAUUGUCAGAAGCAGAAAUGGGAGAAACCAGAAUACAGCAUGAUUCAAACCCGUGAUGGUUACGUCUCGACAGUAACGCUGAAAAAAAUAGAUCCUAAGACUAAGGAAUUAAUCGUGCUCCCUCCUAUGAAAUUGCCUCCACCAUAUAAAGAGCUCGCGGGGCAACCGUCGGCUCUGGAAGCCCGUCAUUUCGCCGCGGCCUUUGGACUCUACCGAGUGUGCAAUAUGCGCAACCUACACAUGAUGAUGCCCCCCAAGUACAAGGAUCUUUGGCGGGGGGAAUUUGCAGAAAUCAAGGCUUUGGAGGUCAAGGAUGGAAAAGGUUGGAUGUACGAGGCAGAUCCGUUCCUCGCAAAACAGGAGCGCGAUAGUGCUGCAGCCGACUUGGAAAAGAAGAAAGCAGAGCGCGCAAAGAUGCAAUCCAAGGAAAAGGCUGCCGCGCAGGAAAUUGGCCUCGGGGGUGCUGAUGCGAAAAGCAAGCGGAUCUGGUCAAAUGCCCCAAAGGUCGAUAUGGGCGCUCGUAUUCGGCGCGAGAUCGAGAGUCUCUUGCGCCAGCAUACAGUGUGGAAUCCGCAUGGCUUUCAGAUACCCGGUCAAGAGAAGAAGCGUAUCGUUGAGGAAUUUUCGCAGCUCGGGUUCCGGCGAAGCCAUGUUGAAGAAGCCGUGCUCGAAUGCAAAGAUCGUGAGGAGGUUUUAGAGUGGCUGUUGGUCUAUGUGCCCGAGGAUGACCUUCCUCAAUGGAGCUUACCGGAGGGAUACUCGGCAGGCGUGAGCCUGGCCGCUGGAGAUCUCGCACGAGAGGCGAAGAUCAAGCGCCUCGUCUCCGUUGGAUAUCCGGCAGAUCUUUGCUCGCAGGUGCUGGAUAGCAAGGGAGGCGACGAAUACGCCGCGGCAGAAUCCCUUCAGGGUACCCUCGCGCAUGGGUCCUCCUUCGGCGCAAACACUUCUCAAGAAGCGGAUGUUGGCGCAUGGUCAGAGGAACAAGAUACACUUGAAGCCAUUUUCGGCGAACGCUUCACCCGCGUGUCGCUUCGAGUCUGCGAGAUCAAGAGCGAGGCGCCCGAGAUUCCCGAGAACACUGUCUUUCGCUUCCAGGAGCCUUCUGCUGGCUAUCCUUCUCACCCUCCCGUGAUUGCGAUCCAAGCCAAGGGCAUUCCGGCCUACAUCAGACUGAGCGCCAUUCGACAGGCAGUGCAGUAUGCCGAAGAAAACUUCACCGGCGAGUCCAUGGUGUUUAACAUCAUGGACUGGCUAGAGGUCAAUCUGCCCAGAAUCAUGACCAAUCCUGGCAAACUGCGUGAUAUCUCUUCCGUCACUUCAUCUGCCGCUGCGGAGAUCAGGCAAAUCCCGGUCCGCACGUCCCGCAAACAGCGCAAGGGGAUUGACUGGGAAUCCAACUCUGCGCGGAGCCGGUCAAUUCGUGAAGCGUGGGAAGCAAAGCAGAAUACGGCCUCGCAAAUCCAAAUGUGUCAAAAGAGAAAGGCUUUGCCUGCGUGGAACACACAAGAGGAAAUCAUCUAUGCUGUGGAUAACUACCAGGUGACGAUCAUUUCCGGAGAGACUGGUAGUGGUAAAAGUACCCAGUCCGUUCAGUUCGUUCUAGAUGAGAUGAUCCGACGCGGUCUUGGAGGCGCUGCGAAUAUUGUCUGCACCCAGCCUCGUAGGAUUUCGGCUCUUGGACUGGCAGAUCGAGUCAGCGAUGAGCGCUGCUCGACGGUCGGUGAUGAGGUUGGCUAUAUCAUCCGCGGCGAGUCAAAAGUCAAACAGGGGGUUACCAAGAUCACUUUUGUCACAACCGGUGUGUUAUUACGUCGCAUCCAGUCUGGUGGCGAUGCGGACGGCAACAUUGCCAGCUCUCUAGCCGAUGUUUCGCACGUGGUGGUAGACGAAGUCCACGAACGGAGCCUGGACACUGACUUCCUUCUUGCCUUACUUCGUGACGUGCUGCGACACCGCAAGGACCUGAAGGUUAUCUUGAUGUCAGCCACUCUUGAUGCAAAUAUCUUCAUGGAGUACUUUGGCGGCCCCAAAUGCGUUGGGCUAGUCAAUAUUCCAGGACGAACAUUCCCCGUUGAGGAUUUCUAUUUGGAUGAUGUGAUCAGGGACACCGGAUUUGCUCCCGAAUUGGCUGAGAACUUUGAUGAAGAAGCGGACGAGUCGCAGGGAGAGGUCUCUUUGGGAAAGGCACUUCGAAGCGUCGGCAUGGGUAUCAACUACGAACUCAUCGCGUCUACCGUCGAAUAUAUUGACCAUCAAUUGGGUGAUAAUCCUGGAGGCAUUCUCAUCUUCCUACCCGGUACUUUGGAAAUUGACAGGUGCUUGAAUGUAGUGAAGAGAAUUCCAAGCGCUCACCCUCUUCCUCUUCACGCUUCUCUCUUGCCGGCAGAGCAGCGACGAGUCUUCCAAAGCCCGCCGAGGGGAAAACGAAAAGUGAUUGCCGCAACCAACGUCGCAGAAACUUCCAUUACCAUUGAGGAUGUUGUUGCUGUCAUCGAUACUGGCCGCGUCAAGGAGACCAGCUAUGACCCCAGGGAUAACAUGGUUCGACUACAAGAAGUCUGGGCUUCUCAAGCAGCGUGUAAACAGCGCCGUGGUCGUGCAGGUCGUGUGCGUGCUGGCAUCUGCUACAAGCUUUACACACGCAAAGCAGAGUCCAACAUGGCCCAACGACCAGACCCCGAGAUCCGCCGCGUACCAUUAGAGCAACUUUGUCUGUCUGUCAAGUCCAUGAAGGGUAUUGACGAUGUAGCUCAGUUCCUUGCAAACACUAUCACUCCACCAGAGAGCAUUGCCGUUGAAGGGGCGCUACAGUUCUUACAUCGAGUCGGUGCUCUGGACCACGACCGUCUAACUGCUCUGGGUCGCUACUUGGCCAUGAUCCCUGCUGACCUGCGCUGUGCCAAGCUCAUGAUCUACGGAUCCAUCUUUGGAUGCAUGGAGUCCUGCUUGACCCUCGCCGCGAUUCUUACCGUGAAAAGCCCAUUCGUGUCUCCCCGCGAAAAGCGGGAAGAAGCCGACGCUGCCAAGGCUUCAUUCUCCAGUCCUGGAGACGGCGACUUACUGACGGAUCUUGCAGCCUAUCAAGCUUGGUCCGAAAGGGCCAAGAGUCAAGGCCAUUGGCAGUCACAAUCCUGGUGUGGUUCCAACUUUUUGUCCCACCAAACCUUGCGUGACAUCUCUUCCAACCGAGCCCAAUUCGUCACCUCGCUAAAGGACGCAGGCAUUCUACCCGUGGACUACAGCGAGACUGCACCAGCGCUGAAUCGAAACGGUGCCAACAAGAACCUUCUCCGCGCAUUGAUUGCAGGCGCCUUCCAACCACAGAUUGCGCAGAUCUCGUUCCCUGACAAAAAGUUCGCCAGCUCGGUGACAGGAACCGUUGAAGUUGACCCCGAUGCGCGUACCAUCAAAUACUUUAACCAAGAGAACGGACGAGUAUUCAUUCACCCCAGCUCUAUCCUAUUCUCGGCGCAAGGCUACCCGACAGGAACAGCCUAUCUUGCCUACUUCACCAAGAUGGCGACAAGCAAGGUCUUUGUUCGCGAUCUCACUCCUUUCAAUGCCUACUCUCUCCUUCUGUUCUGCGGCUCCAUCACUCUCGAUACAGUGGGUCGCGGCCUAGUCGUAGACGGCUGGCUCCGUCUACGUGGCUGGGCCCGUAUCGGUGUGUUAGUGUCUCGGUUACGAACAAUGCUGGACGAGGCACUUCAGGCACGUAUUGAUUAUCCCGCGUCCGGCGCAUCAAACGUGGCCGGGGACCGGGUCAUCGAGGCCGUGAGGAGGCUGAUCGAGCUCAAUGGACUCGACCAGUAG